AUGACUGCCCAAAGCCUUGCCGGUGUGCAAAAGUUUGAGAACAGCUUCCUGUUCACCUCCGAGUCUGUCGGCGAGGGCCACCCCGACAAGAUCGCUGACCAGGUCUCUGACGCCAUUCUCGAUGCCUGCCUGCGCGAGGAUCCCCUCUCCAAGGUGGCUUGCGAGACUGCCACCAAGACUGGCAUGAUCAUGGUCUUUGGCGAGAUCACCACCACCGCCCGCCUCGAUUACCAGAAGGUCGUCCGUGAUGCUAUCAAGGACAUUGGUUACGAUGACUCUGAGAAGGGCUUCGAUUACAAGACCUGCAACCUGCUCGUUGCCAUUGAGCAGCAGUCCCCCGAUAUCGCUCAGGGUCUUCACUACGAGAAGGCUCUCGAGCAGCUCGGUGCCGGUGACCAGGGAAUAAUGUUCGGCUAUGCCACCGACGAGACUCCUGAGCUCUUCCCUCUGACCCUCCUCUUCGCUCACAAGCUCAACGCUGCCAUGUCAGCUGCCCGCCGCGACGGCACCUUGCCCUGGUUGCGCCCUGACACCAAGACCCAGGUCACUGUUGAGUACCAGAAGGAUGGCGGCGCCGUCGUCCCCAAGCGCGUCCACACCGUUGUCGUCUCUGCCCAGCACAGCGCCGACAUCACCACCGAGGAGCUCCGCAAGGAGAUCACAGAGAAGAUCGUCAAGAAGACGAUCCCCGCCAAGUACCUCGACGAAGAUACUGUCUACCACAUCCAGCCCUCUGGUCUCUUCAUCAUCGGUGGUCCCCAGGGUGACGCCGGUCUGACUGGCCGUAAGAUCAUUGUGGACACCUACGGUGGCUGGGGUGCCCACGGUGGUGGUGCCUUCUCCGGCAAGGACUUCUCCAAGGUCGACCGCUCUGCUGCCUACCUCGCCCGCUGGGUCGCCAAGUCUCUGGUCAACGCCAAGCUCGCUCGUCGUGCUCUCGUCCAGUUCUCCUACGCCAUUGGUGUUGCCGAGCCCCUCUCCAUCUACGUCGACACCUACGGCACCUCUGACAAGAGCUCGGCCGAGCUCGUCGAGAUCAUCAACAAGAACUUUGACCUCCGCCCCGGUGUCAUUGUCCGUGAGCUGAACCUCGACCGCCCCAUCUACCUCCAGACCGCUAAGAACGGUCACUUUGGCACCAACCAGAGCUUCUCUUGGGAGCAGCCCAAGGAGCUCAAGUUCUGA